CAAGUAGCAAAGCUUACCUUGUUUAACAAGUCUUUUGAGAUCUUCUGUUUUUUCCAACUCUCAAGACUCAAAUAUAGACAUGGGUUUCCGUCUGCCUAGUGUAGUUCCUGCAAAGAGGCUUAGACGGUCUCUUUCAAACUCAAAGAAAGCAACUAAUAUCCCAAAAGGCCACUUGGCUGUUUAUGUUGGAGAGACUGAAAUGAAGCGGUUUGUGAUUCCUGUUUCAAUCAUAAACCAGCCUUCAUUUCAAGACUUGCUAAUUCAGGCUGAAGAGGAAUUUGGAUUUGAACAUCCAAUGGGUGCUUUAACAAUUCCCUGCAGACAAGAUACCUUUGUUGAUCUUAUCUCUCGACAGAACAUGCUAUGAAAGGGUGACAAGUGACCGGAAUUAUAGGCAAUACUAUAAGUUUGUAAAGCAAAAAUUUUAGAUACCAUGUUGAACAAUUCUUUUCUUUCUCUUUCUACUGUGGAGUGGAAAAAAGGCUCCCGCGAAUGAGAAAUGUAAACAAAGUUAACUUUGUCAUUGUGAAUUUUUCUUAUGGAACAUAUCAACUUAAAAUUCCUUUGAAUUAUGUGAUCGUAAGUCUUC